CGUUAGAAAAAAGGCUGAGAUCAUAAGUUCAUGAUCAUGAGAAUUUCAUUUAGCGACUUGUCUUUCGUCAUUCAAAUAUUUUUUUUUCUUGGACAUGUAUUCUGUCAAGUACAUUCGGGAAUUUUUCGUCAUGGUUCUUAUGAUUGAAUCGACGGUGUGUGACAUGAAUGAACCCCGAUGUUACAGCCGGUUUGACUACGAGGAGAAAAUGUUGGAGAAAAUGGUGAGAGCUGAGAUCAAGAAUGAGGAACUUCUCGGUAAGCUGGAAGCGCUUGAAAAGAGACUGACGAACGUUGAAACCGAGGUGAACACUUCGAAAAUGGAAAUACAAGGUCAAGAAAAGAAACACGAUACUGAUAUAGAGAAGUCAGUAAAUGCUUUUCAAGACUUAGAAAAAGCAUACAAUUGCUUACAAAUUGAGUUUGAAAAGUUUGAAAACAGGACGAAAUUAAAUUUUGACGGGCAUGAGAAAUCCCUUGAGGAACACGAUCAACGUCUCGAUGUUAUGGUCAAGAAUAUGACAGAUAGUUUGCACCACCCUCCCGUUGCCUUCUUUGCCACCAUGUCGUCCGUUAUAGCAAGUUCAUCCUCCCGCCAAACGAUCGUAUUUAACAACGUUGUCACAGAUGUUGGCGGGGGCUACAACUCGGGUACAGGCGUGUUCAUCGUUCCGGUCGACGGUCUAUACGUGUUCUCAACUACUGUCAUGGUUGACCUGUCCACAUCGACGACUCACGCUAUUUUCAAUAUAAAAAAGAACGGCAAUGAUGUAGUGUCCCUCAUCGUCCAGGACAGAGACGAUAACUACGAGACAGUCUCGGGCACUGUCAUUCUCUCGUUGCAGGUCGGGGAUACCGUAAAGGUGACAUGCAAUGAUAGUGGACGUAACAUUUAUGAUCGCUAUACUUUCGUAUCUGGUUUUAAAUUGUAAUCAUUGCAUAUAUGAUCACAGGACAUUUCAGUAAAAUGAGCAUGCCUUAUUUGUUUCUAAAAAUCCAAUUUAAUUAGUACUAAAUUUCUCAAGAAACUAGAUAACGUUGUGCCUUUGUGUUUGUCUUUAAAGCUUUAUUCAUGAAUAAUAUCAUUCCAAACUGUUAAAAUUAUAAAUGAUCAUUUCAUCAUAGUUUCAUUUAUUGAAAAAUAUAGACAGAUCGAACUUAAAGAAUAAUUUGCUGAGACCUGACAUAUCGAUAUGCAUAUUCUGCGAUAUGUGGUAAUUGUUUCGAAGUAAUAGAUAUGGCAUAUAUGUUCAUUUCUGGAAAUAUCAUUAUAUGGCAAAUUGCAUUUUUGCCCCCGUAUCUUCCCCGAGACCAUGUAUCGACAAAGGUCAAAGGGACGAUUAUGUGUUACGAUAUGAAACUUAAAACAUAUUAUCAUGUACUUUCUUAAAAUGCAAAAGCGCUCAGUAUUUAUAGUUUUGUGUGUUCAGAUACAUGUUGUAGCACAAGCUUGAUCGGAACCUUUUAAAAACUUUCAUUGACUGUCAUAAAAUCAUGAUUCUAUACCUUAGACUUAAGGAAGCCCUUCCUCAAAUAUGGGAAGUUUGUAGCCUGUUGGCCUCAUAUUAUUUUGGAAUCAUUUGAAAUGGUUUUAUAUGUAUGUGCAGGAAAUGAAAUGUGAAAACUAGACAGAAAACAAUAACAAACAAGCUCUUUACGCCGUGAAAAUAUGCAAAUAGGUCAUUUGAAAUUCGAAUUCAAUACAAACUGCAAUAAUUUUAUGUUUAAUUAAGUUGUAGUUUUACAUAAUAGUUGUUAGUAAGCAACACCCAUCCAAAAAUACCGAAAUUCCUAAUAUAUAAAUAUACAAAUUGUUGUACACUAGUGUAUUACUUCAUACAAAUAGCAUUCAUGUUUUGAAAUAGUAUUGUGUUGCCAGUGGACAAACUUUUAUUUAAUAACUCAUAUAUUGAGUGGCAAUACAUUUUAUCAUAAAAUGUAUAUAUGUUUUUUAAUGGGAUUUUAUUAAACUAUCACACUCGUAUAAGUGUUCGUUUGUUGCAUGAACUGCUAUGUUUUGCGUAUGACAACAUAUAUACUAACAUGAAUAUCAUAGUACAUUCAUUUUUCUAUUCUGACCGUUUGAACAUUUAUAUGUUUUGUCAAUGAUUAAGCUCGAAGAUAAAAUGUUCUAACAUCCAAUGAAUCUUAUUUGAUAAAAAAUGAAAAUAUGUAUGCAUGUAGAGAUAUGAAAUCAAUCAAAUGCUUUGUUUGUUUAGGACUGCGACUGUCAUUAUUUCCGAAACAUAUCACUUGCAAUGGAAAAUAAGUUAAACAUAAGACAAGCGAUCAAAUCUAAACUGAAAUCACAACAAUAUAGACAACUUGUAAGCAUGAUUUUCGAACAAUGGAAUCUAAUGUGCAGUCACGUUUUUGUUCAUAUAAAUAU